GCCCUUCCCCAAGAUGGCGUCGAAGAUGGGUUCGCGACGGUGGAUGCUGCAGCUGAUCAUGCAGCUGGGUUCGGUGUUGCUCACACGCUGCCCCUUCUGGGGCUGCUUCAGCCAGCUCAUGCUGUACGCUGAGAGGGCCGAGGCGCGCCGGAAGCCCGACAUCCCAGUGCCCUACUUGUACUUCGACUUGGGGGCGGCCGUGCUGUGCGCCAGCUUCAUGUCUUUUGGAGUGAAGCGGCGCUGGUUCGCGUUGGGGGCCGCCCUUCAGCUGGCCAUUAGCACCUACGCCGCCUACAUCGGGGGCUACGUCCACUACGGGGACUGGCUGAAGGUCCGUAUGUACUCACGCACAGUUGCUAUCAUCGGCGGCUUUCUGGUGCUGGCCAGCGGUGCUGGGGAGCUCUACCGCCGGAAACCCCGCAGCCGCUCCCUCCAGUCCACCGGCCAGGUGUUCCUGGGCAUCUACCUCAUCUGUGUGGCCUACUCACUGCAGCACAGCAAGGAGGACCGGCUGGCCUAUCUGAACCAUCUCCCGGGAGGGGAGCUCAUGAUCCAGCUGUUCUUCGUGCUGUAUGGCGUCCUGGCCCUGGCCUUCCUGUCAGGCUACUACGUGACCCUGGCUGCCCAGAUCCUGGCCAUACUGCUGCCCCCAGUCAUGCUGCUCAUUGAUGGCAAUGUUGCCUACUGGCACAACACACGGCGCGUUGAGUUCUGGAACCAGAUGAAGCUCCUUGGAGAGAGUGUGGGCAUCUUCGGGGCUGCCGUCAUCCUGGCCACUGAUGGCUGAGUGGCACGGCAAGAGGCCGAGAUGGGCACAGGGAGCCACCGAGGGCCACCCUGCCUUCCUCCUUGCUGGCCCAGUUGUUUCUUUAUGCUUUCUGCUCUGUUGGUUUGGUUCUUUGCUGUGUGUGUAUAUGUGUUGGUAAGAGGCAGGUCUCUUCCCCGGUGCCUGGGCUCGGGCCCUUGGGGGGUGGGAGCCCUGAUGAUGAUGCCUUACAGGGGUUUUUCCUGUUCGUUAGUAGGAGACCUGAGGCCAACUGCUCCCUGGGUCUCCUGUCUCAGAGAAGGGAGUAAGGCAGGGCUCGGGUGGGGGUACUGAGAGUGGGAGACAGAGAAAGGAAGACCAGGAACCGGAAGUGAGCAAAUGUGAAAGAUUCCUUUUUGAGCCUGGCAAGUGCAGCUAGGCUCUAUAGUGUUUUUUGGAGACUGAGAGUGAGUAUGUGUGUUGACGCGGGGAUUGGGCCAGGAGGAGCCGAGAGGCCGGGCACCGCAGAAGUCACGUGAGUUCUCAGGGUAUCCCGGGGGCAGAAGCAGCACUAGCUGUCGCCACACCUUGAAAGCAGAGCAGGCCCCAGUCUGGGGUGUGCAGGGGUAGGGUAGGCAGUGGCCAGCGUCCCGUCUCCUGCCUUCUGUUUCCGGCUCUAUGUUGGCCUGGUUGGGGUGAGUGCCCUCCCAAACACCAGACCACACAGUCCUCCAAAAAUAAACAUUU